CAAAAGUUAUUCAAUUAACUUAACGUACCCCAUAAAUAUAUGUAAGUGAAAUGCUUGUUAGUCCUAUAUUUCAUUGUUCACGCAGAAUAAAAUAAAAAUAAGACAAUUAAUAAAAUAUUUAAAGAGAGAGACUAAACCAAAGUAUUAUUUAUUCCGGUAACCAUGUUUCACAAAUUCAUCAAGUCCAUGGCACUAACAGCCCCGAAAUCGUCAGACUCGUCUUUUCAAUCCAUGUUGGCUGAUGGAGAUGGAGACAUUAAACUAGUUUCUGGGUUUGACUCUGUGAAAAGUUUGUACAAUAAACUGGGCGCUGCGCACAAUAUUUCGCCCUCGGAUAUUUUAUUCUGCACCCUAAACACCAACAAAGUAAACAUGACUGCAUUGCUCUCGACAAAUCUUGAGGUUAACGAUGUCAUAUUUGUCCACCGGGCCGGGGAGAGGAGCGAGGUGUUAUUUGACAAGGAACAAGAUGGGCAACUAUUGGGGAUUACGGUAACCGAUAAUGGCGAUGGGGUCGCCUUCGUAAAGAAGAUUAAGGAGGAAUCGCCACUAAUGUUGAAAGUAUUCGUUGGAGAUCAUAUUCAGGAAAUUGAUGGGGUGUCCAUGCUCGGGAUGGGCCAUGCUAAAGUUGUCGAGGUUCUUGUAAAGUUGGCACGUGGCAAACAUACAUUAACUAUUAUAAAACCGAUCAAGAAAGAGCAGUAGACAAAGUUUAUCAAAAUAAGAAAUUUAUUUAACCUCCUUGAACGCACAAUGUUAUCUAGGUGAGUAAAUUCUUAAGUUUACUGUUCUAUUAUUAAUUUCGCAUGUGUCAAGAAAAUUAAUUAACGAUUAAUAUUUUCGCCGUAACAGUUGUUCAUUGUGUUCUUCUACACCGUUUGGUUUAUAUGCCAUGUAUAUUUGAACUUUCCAUGAAAUAAGUAUUAAACAUUUUAUUAA